AUGGCAGCGUUUGUUACGGAAUUUCUAAACCCUUACAAUUAUAUGGGAGGAGUGAGUUUUGACCCUGAGCGAGAUAUACAAGACUUAUCAGGCAAAGUUGUUUUGGUGACCGGGGGAAAUGCUGGGCUGGGGAAGGAAUCCAUCCUCCAGUUAGCGAAGCAUAACCCGGAGAAGAUAUUCCUUGGAGCACGGUCAAAAGCAAAGGCAGAAAGUGCUAUUAGCUCUAUCAAAGACCAAAUUUCGAAUAACGUGAACAUUACUUGGCUUCCUCUGGAUCUGACAUCCGUUCAAUCCAUCAAAGAUGCAGCCCAGCAAUUCUGCGCAGAGUCAUCACGACUCGAUAUCCUAAUGCUCAAUGCAGGUGUGAUGGCUCUUCCACCAGGAGAAACAGGAAUAGGCCAUAAGAUCCAGCUUGGUACAAACCAUACUGGCCACUUCCUUCUGACAAAGCUCCUGCUCCCGACCUUGUUGAAGACUGCUCAGGAGCCGAAUUCAGACGUGCGAGUUGUCUCAUUAUCUUUAAUUGGACAUAAUCUCGCACCACCCUUUGAAUCCAUCUUGGAUCAAGACAAGUUGAAAAGGGUCUAUAUGAACCUUAGAUACAGCGCCUCUAAGGCAGCCAACAUUCUUAAAGAGCAAGGGUGCUGUCUCUGGGACUAG